GGUUUGGAACUUGCACCACCAAUACUCGGUCUGCAACCCAAGGCGAUCGACAGCAUAAGCUCCGUUUCUGUUAGGAUCAAAAAAACCUGGCCUAAAGGAUUUAGAUUCCGAGGCGCUCCCCUCCAUUACGCCGUUAUCAUAGGUUCUGAGGCAUCGGUUUUACUACUUCUUUCACACAAUGCUGAUGUGAAUGUCGUGGACGACCACCAAAGAUCCCCAUUGCAUCUGGCGGUCUCUUGCAACCUUAAAAGCAUAGCCCAGGUCUUGGUGAACGCUGGUGCGGACCUGGCAAGUUGUGACAUGAAGGGUCGCACAGCUCUCAUGCUAGCAGCACAAAAAGGAGACAUGGGUUUGAUCAAAACUUUGGACAAAAGUAACGAGGUCAUCCACAUGACAGACCACUUUGGGAGAACAGCUCUUCAUUAUGCUUCGAGUUCUCAGAACACUGCAGUCGAUGUUUUCAAAUACUUUUUGGAAAGGGGACUGAACCCAGUUUCUGAAUACCCCAAGUUACCGAGCCCGACUUCGUGGUUGUUUGGAAAUGGUAUGAAGAACAAAGCUUUGGUCGCAUACUUUCUCAAUUCCGGCCUCCUUCAGUGCGACAACAGUCACAACAAUUGCAAUCCUCUAAUUAAUGCUGUCUUCAACAACGACCAAGGCCUUGUUCAAAGAAUUUGUCGAAUUUUUCAGAGACAUCCUCGAGCUCAGCGAUUUCUCAACGCAGAAGAUGAAAAUGGCUUCACUGCAAUAUGCCAUGCGGCUAUGGGAGGUAUGAAUACCUGUCUUCAACAGCUUCUGGACCAUCAAGUCGACCGGCACAAAGAAGGCUGUCUCCAAGGAAGCCCUCUGAUGGCAGCUUGUGCAUUUGGCAGACUAGAGGCAGUCAAGAUGCUUGUCCGCAGCGGCGCCUUAUUAUCUUAUACCAACAAGGAAGGUGUUUAUCGUAAUGCCUUCGAGGCAUCGAUGCCACACCGUCGGAUCCAAGCGUGGUUGCUCGUUGGGCGAUUUCAGGAUCAAACAAAAUUAUGCUCUGAGCCGUACUGGAAAGACUGGCAUGGAAAUCAUAGACAUUGGAGCGGUUUUCUAAAAGCAAAAUGGAAGCUGACAGGAGAGAAGAAGCCGUUUAGAGAUGACUCCAUGCUGGACUAUCUUGGCUACACUCAUUCUUUGAGGGACUGGGCUAAGGGUAGAGUGCUGGCUGCGUCACUUAUGUACGAAUAA